AUGCAAGUCCACUGUGUUUUACUGAACAGUAAAUUUAUAUUUCGCCAUGAAGGUGCUGCCAAGAAUAUUCGCGAAAACUGGACGGUUCAAAGGCAAGAUCGCUACGGUUUCUCUGCAAUUGCAUAUGAUCAGGAAAUUGAGCAAACUGCGAACAGGGACUCGAAGACCAAUGGUGGCAUGACUGGCUUUACGCUAAAUCGUGGCGCUGUUCACAGAUGGUUCUUAUCUCAGUCCGAGAGAUCUGCUAUUGCUAGACAAUGUUUGUUAAUGACCAGUGCAACAAAUGAGUGCAGGUGUGUUGAAUGCAAAUAUGGAAAAUUAACUAUUAUGCUGUGGAAUAAAAAGUAUACACUGCACCCUUUUUCGAGGGGUGUAUCACUUCAAAUAAGGAAAUUUUUGGUAUUUAGAAAAUAAGUAUUUCUUUCGAAGCGUAAGAGAUUUUUGAAGUGACACACCCCUCGCUCUGGCUGCAUGACUUAUGUUACCGUCUUGUGUUGUAUUAAUUUGGUAAAUUUCCAUAAAUUAUAGAACAAGAAAGAAUCUUGAUGAACCAAAAAGAAAGUCACACGAAGCUGACGUUCUUAGCGUUAUGAAUACGAUAGAAAACACCAUUAAUCCAUCCGAACUAGACCAAAGCGAGAUGGUGCAUAUAACAAGUGGAAUAAUUGCAAAUGACAAGGUGAAAAAUGACCUGCAAAAUGUUAAAGCGAUAGGUGAGGAGAGAUUAUCUACUUUUGUGCAGACAAAGUUACUAUCUAAAGUACCAGAUAUUUUUGCAGCAAUCCAAAAAACAAAACUGCAUACAUUUUCAUCAUUAACGAAACCUGUUUCCACGACUAAAGCUAAGGGCAAGGAAAUAUCUUUAAAGAGCUCUAGAAAUUUGAUGGGAAAACUCUUGUUAUUGGCAAGAAGUCGAGAAAUAGAUUUAAAGGAAGUUCUGUCGUUUUCAUUGGGUCCGUAUCCAUUAAGUCUUGUGACAACUGAUGGCAUCAUGGUAAAAACCGUGAAAGCAAACUUGAUGCACAUCAUCGAAGAUACGGUAGAUGAUUCUGUCACUGAUGUUAUCCCAUCAAAUGGAGCGCUGAUCAUUGAUGCUAUGGCCAUGUUUCAAUCACUUAGUCAGGUUCCUCCCACGUUUGAAGAGCUUCCUCCGCUUCUCCUUUCUAUCCUUAUUUCUAUGGCAACACGCCUGAAUGCAACGAGAGUUGAUUUUGUUGUCGAUCGUUACACGAAAGUGAGUAUUAAAAAUAGCGAACGCAAGAAACGAGCUUCUACAGGAAGUAACAUGUUAAAGAUUUACGGAAAAAAGCAAAAGACACCAACACAAUGGAAGAAAUUUCUCAAUAAUGGCGAAAACAAAGAAUCGUUGGCAUGCUUCGUGGUCGACGAAUGGAAGGAGAGCAAAUCCGAGAAUUUUAGAGGAAUAGUACUUUACGCAACACGAAAGGAUCAGUGCUUCAAGUUCCUCCCAUCGCAUAACGAAUCAGAGAAACCCGAAUUCGAACAGAUUCAUGAGUUACACAGUGAUCAUGAGGAAGCAGAUACGCGCUUGUUGCUUCAUGCUAAUCAUGCAUCGACCUCUGGCUACAGUAUACUCAUGUUUCUGUGA